CUGGCUGGCCAGAAUAUGAGUUGGAUUCUAUACCUGAGCCUCACCCUUUGCCUGAUGGUGCAGACAGCCCUGGGUGCUCAGCACACCAAGGAACCUCUAGUGAUUACCAAAUAUGGGACCCUCCAAGGAAAACAGAUGCACAUUGGGAAGACACCCAUCAAUGUCUUCCUAGGAGUGCCCUUCUCCAGACCACCUGUGGGUGUCCUCAGGUUUGCUGCCCCAGAGCCUCCAGAGCCCUGGGAAGGAAUCAAAAACGCCACCACCUAUGCCCCUGCGUGCCUUCAGGAGUCCUGGGGACAGAUCACCUCCAUGUACUUCAACACGCGGAAACAGUACAAGUGGCUGCGCUUCAGUGAGGACUGUCUGUACCUGAACGUGUACGCUCCAGUGCGAGCGCGUGGGGACGCUCCGUUGCCGGUGAUGGUCUGGUUCCCAGGAGGUGCCUUCCUCGUGGGCUCCGCUUCCACGUACGAUGGCACGCAGCUGGCCUCUCGCGAGAAAGUGGUGCUCGUGCUUCUGCAGCACAGGCUCGGCAUCCUAGGUUUCCUGAGCACGGGCGACAGCCAGGCCCGCGGGAACUGGGCGCUGCUGGACCAGGUGGCUGCUUUGCGCUGGGUGCAAGAGAACAUCGCAGCCUUCGGCGGAGACCCACGCUGCGUGACCCUGUUUGGCCAGUCUUCGGGGGCCAUGUGUAUUUCGGGACUGAUGAUGUCACCCCUAGCCCGCGGUCUCUUUCAUCGGGCCAUUUCCCAGAGCGGCACCGCAGCACUCAGAGCCUUCAUCACUCCUGACCCGCUGAAGGUGGCCAAGACAGUUGCCCGCCUGGCAGGCUGUACCUACAACAGCACACGGAUUCUGGUAGACUGCCUGAGGGCACGAUCAGGGGCUGAGGUGAUGCAUGUAUCUAAGAAGAUGGGAUUCUUCCACCUGAACUCCCAGAAAGACCCUCAGGAGGUUGUGUGGUUCAUGAGCCCGGUGGUGGAUGGUGUGGUGUUCCCAGAUGACCCAGCGGUGCUCCUGAGCCAGGGGCAAGUUGCACCUGUGCCCUAUCUUCUGGGUGUCAACAACCUGGAGUUCAGUUGGCUCUUACCUUUUAUCAUGAAGAUCUCACUAAACCAGUUCAUAAUGAGAAAAGGAAUCAUCACCAAGCUGCUCUGGAGAACCAGUACCCUGUUGAAUAUCACCAAAGAGCAGUUACCACUGGUGAUAGAGGAGUACCUGGGUGACAUUGAUGACCGUGACUGGAAAAUGUUAAGAAACCGUUUAAUGGACCUAGCUGGGGAUGCGAUCUUUGUGUACUCCACACUACAGGCUGCCCACCACCACAGAGUUUCCCUAUUCCUAGAUGCUGGCUUCCCUGUCUACCUGUAUGAGUUUGAGCACCACACUCCCACCGGCGUCAUCAUCAAGCCCUGCACUGAUGGGGCAGACCACGGGGAUGAGAUCCACUUCAUCUUUGGGAAUCCCUUCUCCAAAGGCCAUUCCACGGUUGAGGAGAAAGCACUGAGCCUCCAGAUGAUGAAAUACUGGGCCAACUUUGCCCGUACAGGAAACCCCAAUGGUGGGAAGCUGCCUUACUGGCCACGCUAUAACGAGGAGGAGAAGUACCUGCAGUUGGAUUUCAUCACGAGGGUGGGUGUGAAGCUCAAGGAGGAGAAGAUGGCCUUUUGGAUGAGACUAUACCAGCAUUAA